AUGGCUUCCGUCCGCGCCAACUGCCGCAAGGUUAUGUGCAUCGGCCGUAACUAUGCCGAUCACAUUGCCGAGCUCAAUAACACCGCACCCAAGCAGCCAUUCUUCUUCCUGAAGCCCGCAUCAUCCAUCCUCGUUCCCGGCGCGGGUCCCGUUCUCCGCCCCAAGGGCGUCAGCCUACACUAUGAGGUCGAACUCGGUCUUGUGAUCGGUAAGACCGUGCGCGAUCUCGAUCCCAACGAUGAGCAGGGCGCAUUGGAUGCGAUUCAGAGCUACGUCCUCGCUAUUGACAUGACAGCCCGCAACGUCCAAGAUGAGGCAAAGAAGAAGGGCCUUCCCUGGUCCAUUGCCAAGGGCUUCGAUACCUUCUGCCCUAUCUCGCAGGAGAUCCCCAAAUCGCGCAUCCCUAACCCGCACAGCGCAUUCCUGCGUCUGAGCGUUAACAACGCCGAGCGCCAAGCUGACUCGACUAGCCUGAUGCUGCACCGCAUUCCUCAGCAGUUGGCGCAUAUCUCGCGCGUGAUGACUCUGGAGAAGGGUGAUAUUGUUCUUACCGGUACGCCCAAGGGUGUUGGACAGGUCAAGGCGGGUGAUGUUAUGAAGGCGUCGAUUGAGGUUGACGGGAAGGAGAUCGAGGAGGGACGGAUUGAGGUUGAGGUUAAGGACCGCGAGGGACCGUAUGAGUUCAAGGAGACUUAG